GAUUAGAUCUUAGUCAUUUAAAUUGUUCUACACAAAGCAGCCUAAAUGGCUGGUCCCUUGCCACCACCCCAAGAGACCAAUUUCGAUCUUGAACAGCAAGAUGCCCUUAUUCGAUCCCGCCUCAGUCUUAAUACCAUCAUCUCAAAUCCUGACAAAGGAUUCUGUGAUUCGUGUUUGACUCGCAUCCCGUACGCUACACUUAUUGCAACGAUACAAUGUGCCUUGGGGGUCGUGAUUUUCUGCGGUACCAUGUACCGUGGGGCGACUCUUGCCGUUUUGAUGUUCAGCGAUGUGUUCCAUAUGCAAUUAUUUUGGGUUGAUGCAGUUAAAAUGACAUUUGUGAUAAUUGGGGCUUGUAUGGGGGCCCUAGGCUUGAUGAUCCUCACCGUGGGGUGUCUUGCGACAGGGGCCACGAGACAUAAGGUCUAUCGGGCUUGGCAUACCAGAGUUGGUGGGCGAAUCAGCUGUGCUAUUUUUAUGGCUAUUACCUACAUCUUGCAAUUAUUGUGGAUUGUAAUUUUUUGCUUCCUGGUGAUUGCAACAUUCCUAUUUACGAUUUUUUGGAAAAUGUGCACAAAUGAAGGGGUCGCUACAUUCCAGCAUUGCAUCGAUUUUACCCAAUUUUAUUUCAUGUUUCCACAAGGGACUAAACAAGAACAUAUGAAAGUGUGUGGGGAACACAAUGUGAAAGUGUUUUGCAAAGAUUACACAGAAAAAAUCGAAAUCAUGGUUAUUCUAGCAACGGUUGCGUCAGUUUUAGUAAUAUUGAGUUUGGUUCAUUAUUUAAUGUGUUUGGCGGCAAAUUAUGCUCAUAUUCGGGAUCAUGAAAAGUUUCAGGAAUUACAAGAUUUGCAGAUGUUGAGCGACAACGAUGUUCUAGCUGGUAAAGAUAGGUUCUAGGAUACGGCCCAGGAAAUACAUCUGCCAGAGAUAAGAUGGGGGAAUAUGUUGAGUGAGGGGGUGUAGGGUGUAUUUCCUGGGUAUUGACAGUAUUUACGUACUAAAACCCGUCCAAGGUUCACUUAGGUUAAGUCAUUCCAUGGUAGCAUAUCAAGUGUUUCAAAAGGCUGAUUUGGGGCCUUCUCGAUCAAAGUGGUGUAUUUUGAUAAAUCUUCCAUAAUUUGUAAAUAGGAUAAGAUUUUUAUUUCUAUAUUUUUUGUAUUGAUUGUAGUUUAUGUUAUUUAAUGUCGUAGUUUUUUAUAAGGCGCACUGAAUAAAACAGUAUAAAAAAUUA